AUGACGGCCUUCUAUCCUAUUGGAAGCUUCGACCCAAAGUCACUUAGGGAUUCGACAGUGAUUCUUCCGGCAGUAUCAUUAGGAAACGUUCCUCAACUAACGUGCGAUUUGUUGAUCACUUCGUUGGGAUUGAAGAGAGUCGGAUACAUAGGAGUAGGUGAUACUGUCUCACCCUUCUCUGGGAAAGGUGAUGAUGGAGAUAUAGUCACAGGGGGAUUGGAAGUGUAUGGUAAUGAAGGGUCAGAAUUAUUCAUCAUACAACAACGAUCACCAACUCUGAAAUCAAAGAAAGAAUCACAUAUUGAAUUAAUCAAACAGUUCAUCUUAUCAAAUCCGAUCGGAUUAGUAAUGGUUCUGACUAGUUUAGAUGCUGCGAAUCAAGACGACGCUCAAUUAUUAACCCCACAUCAAAGGAUAUUAUCACCUUCCUCUUCUACUUCUACUUCAACGUCCAAUCGGAUCUUACAGAAUUUAGAAAACCUUUUACCUUCUCUACAAUUAGGUAUAACCAUUUCAGAUAUACCUCAAUCAUCCAAUAAAUCUACAUAUCCACCUUUCUUACCUGCAGCAGGGUUAACACGUAGAUUAUUAUCUACUUUCCAUGAGAAUGAUGUUAUCCAUGGUACCAUAACAGCUUGGUGUGUAGAAGGUGAUAAUUCGAAUGAUGCGAUUUCACUAGCUCAAAUAAUCCUAAAUGUGCUUGGAAUAGAGAACGACGUCAAGCUGAAAACACCUGCGUCAUGGGAUGGUUUAUUCGGUACGAUAAAUGGUUGGAGCGGUGGUGCAGGUCAAGAUUCUGAAUUGUACGGAUAA